AUGGUCUUCAACGGGCCCUUCGCACACAAGGAGGGACCCAACUACCAGUGGAUGCCCUACACGGGCAAAAUGCCGUACCCCCGUCCGGGCACUUGCCCCGGGGGGACCUUCACCCCGUCCAUGAAGUCGACCAAGGACUACCCGGAUGAAGUGAUCAACUUCAUGCGUGCGCACCCCCUGAUGUACCACGCCGUCUACCCCACCCACCGCCGCCCACUGGUGGUCCGCACCAACGUCAACUACCGCUUCACCACCGUGGCCGUGGACCAGGUGGACGCGGCAGACGGGCGCUAUGAGGUGCUUUUCCUGGGCACAGAUAGGGGCACCGUGCAGAAGGUUAUCGUGCUCCCCCGGGAUGACACGGAGACGGAGGAGCUCAUGCUGGAGGAGAUUGAGGUGUUCAAGGUGCCGGCACCCAUCAAGACGAUGACCAUCUCCUCCAAGAGG